AUGACUGUUUCUAGUUCUGCUAUUAUAGAUGGUCCAGUUUUAACAUCCACUAUGGAGCCAAUUGUUAGGCGUAGAAGUAGAAGAUUAUCUUCAUUGAAAGAGUUCAAUGAUCCCUUCUCAAAUGCCGAGCUCUUUCAUGGUCCCGAAAACAAUCCUUUCAAGACUAAAUCAAGAUUAUCGAGAACACGAACCUAUAGUGUUUUUGAUGCAGUUUCAUCUAACAAGCUAAAAGAAAAUAGAGAAUUUCCAUUGAAGAGAAGGGGAUCUGAAGAUAACUCCUUCAUAAGUAGUAAAGGUAAUCGUAGAUUUUUCAUUGAAGAUGUUGAUACAACAUUAGAUGAACUAUUAGCUAACGAGGAUACGGAUCAAAAUUAUCAAAUUACCAUAGAAGAUAAGGGCCCAAAAGUUUUGAAAGUCGGUACUGCUAAUUCGAAUGGUUAUAAGUUCAUCAAUGUUAGAGGUACUUAUAUGCUUUCUAAUUUAUUGCAAGAAUUAACACUUGCUAAAAGGAUGGGCAAGCGCCAGAUAUUCCUGGACGAGGCUCGUAUCAAUGAGGAUCCAGUUAAACGUCUAGAAAGAUUGAUCUCUAAUCAAUUCUGGUCCAACUUAACAAGAAAAAUAGAUUUACAAAAUGUCGCUGAAAUUGCUAGUGAUUCAAAAAUUGAUACACCUGGUGCAAAAAAUCCUAGAAUUUACGUACCUUACAAUUGUCCUGAACAAUAUGAAUUUUAUGUUCAAGCUUCUCACAUGGAUCCAUCUUUGCAAUUAGAAGUUGAGUACUUACCUAAAGACAUAACUCCAGAAUUUGUGAAAUCAUUAAAUGGUAUUCCAGGUUUGCUUGCUUUGGCAAUGGAGACACAUUUUGACCCAACAACUGGUGAACAGACAUUGCUUGGUUAUCCAUAUGCAGUCCCGGGUGGUAGAUUUAAUGAAUUGUAUGGCUGGGAUUCAUACUUAAUGACCUUGGGCCUGGUUGAAAAUGGUAAGGUCGAUGUAGCCAGAGGUAUGGUGGAACACUUCAUAUUCGAGAUUGACCAUUAUGGAAAAAUUUUGAAUGCUAAUAGAAGUUACUAUUUAUGCAGAUCACAACCACCUUUUUUAACAGAUAUGGCACUGACAGUGUUUGAUAAAAUUGGUGGUGACAACAACCCAAAUGCAAUUGACUUCUUAAAGAGAGCAUUUAAAGCUGCCAUAAAAGAAUAUAAAACUGUUUGGAUGGCCCAUCCAAGAUUGGAUGAAGAAUCAGGACUUUCAUGUUAUCAUCCAGAUGGUAAAGGUAUACCCCCUGAAACAGAAUCUGAUCAUUUUGAUACAAUUUUGAAACAAUAUGCCAUGAAAUACAAAGUUUCGAUAGAUGAGUUCAAAGAAUUAUAUAACGAAGAGAAAGUUGAAGAGCCUGCAUUAGAUGAAUUUUUCCUGCAUGAUAGAGCAGUGAGAGAAUCCGGACAUGACACUACUUAUCGUUUCGAAGGUGUAUGCGCAUAUUUGGCGACGAUAGAUCUCAAUUCUUUAUUGUAUAAAUACGAAGUGGACAUUGCAAAUUUUAUAGAGAAGUAUUGCGAUGACAAAUAUACAGAUAAUUCCGAUGGAACUAUAUCGGAUUCUCAGCAUUGGAAAAAUCUGGCUUCUGAAAGAAAGGAAAGAAUUAAUAAAUAUUUAUGGGAUGAAUCAUCAGGAUUCUUUUUUGAUUAUAAUGUAAAACUUAAGGAAAGGACAUCGUAUGAAUCUGCCACAUCAUUUUGGGCUCUGUGGGCUGGUUUGGCAACCCCUGAGCAGGCUAAAAUAAUGGUUGAAAACUCUUUACCGAAAUUGGAGGUAUUAGGAGGUUUAGUAGCAUGCACUGAAGCUUCAAGAGGUCCAAUAUCCGUCGAUAGACCUUCAAGACAAUGGGAUUAUCCGUUUGGUUGGGCUCCUCACCAAAUCCUUGCAUGGAAGGGACUUUCAGAUUAUGGAUAUAAUGGUGAAGCUACCCGUUUGGCGUAUAGGUGGUUAUACGUGAUGACUAAGUCAUUUGUAGACUACAACGGAAUGGUUGUCGAAAAAUAUGAUUUGACAAGAGGUACAGAUCCUCAUAAAGUGGAUGCAGAGUACGGUAACCAAGGUUCGGACUUCGAAGGUGUGGCUACAGAAGGUUUUGGUUGGGUCAAUUCCAGUUAUAUUCUGGGAUUGAAGUACAUGAACAGUCAUGCAAAAAGGGCAUUGGGUACCUGUAUACCCCCAAUGCCAUUUUUUAAAAGUUUAAGACCUGAGGAAAGGUCAAACUAUGGACUAUAA